UUAUUGCCAGGAAGAUCCCUGCUAGAGUCCUCCUCGAUAGGCUAAUUGUUUACCUGGAAGAUGGUCAUCUACCUGACACUCAGUGUGGCUUUAGAAAGGACCAAGAAAUGGUCAACAUGGUGUUUGCCGCCCCAGAGGGAGGGGGCGGGGCUCCUGGCAGGAAGGUCGAGGAGGGGCGGGGCAAGCAGGGAGGCAGGACCGCAUUCCAGGCCGGGGAAAGUGCCGGGCCCCAGGCAUGCGCAGAAGGCGCCUCAGCCUGCAGACUACGAUUCCCAGAAGGCCGUGCUCGCUUCACGGGCAUUAUUCAAGUUCAAGGGCGGGUGGGACUUUCGUCUAAUUACGACACUUCCCUUCCUUUUCUCUCCAAGUCUUCCCCAUAUGCUUGUUCCUGUUUCCAAUUUUCUGUCCUGGGCUGGAGUGUGACCGGGCGAGCGGGGCCUAGAGCGGGGAUAGGCCCAGGCGGAGCGGCUCUGCCUUCUAUGGCCUGUGCUGUGCCCCAGGAGGCCAGCCUGGAGGAAGAGGGAAUGGCUGCUGCUCAGCCAGCCAGGCCAGGGAAGGUUGCUGGCUGCUUUCCUAAAAUAGUGCCUCAGGGCAGAGACCUUGGGGUAGGUUUCUUUGUUCUGUCUUGUGAUGACGGGGCACUUGGGUGCUUUUCUUUGGGUGCUUAUACUUGGACCCCAGUUUCUCCCUAGUGUCAGAAACACUGUCCCUAGUAGC